AUGGCCGACCGCGGGUGUCCGCUGGAGGCGGUGCCGCUGCCCGCCGAGGUGCGGGAGAGCCUGGCCGAGCUGGAGCUGGAGCUGUCGGAAGGUGACAUCACUCAAAAAGGAUAUGAAAAGAAACGGGCAAAGCUGCUUGCACGCUAUAUCCCACUUAUUCAAGGAGUAGAUCCAUCCCUACAAGCAGAGAACAGGAUCCCCGCUCCCUCACAGACCACAGCUGCCGUGCCCAAACAGCAGAAGCCGCGGCCCACCAGCUCCCGGGACGAGCGCUUCCGGUCAGAUGUUCACACUGAGGCAGUGCAAGCAGCUUUGGCCAAAUACAAGGAGAGGAAGAUGCCUAUGCCUUCAAAAAGACGUUCUGUUCUUGUACAUUCCUCGGUGGAAACCUACACGCCUCCAGACACAUCAUCUGCCUCAGAAGAUGAGGGCUCUUUACGGCGACCCGGGCGACUCACCUCCACUCCGCUCCAGAGCCAUUCCAACAUCGAGCCCUGGCUCGACCGGGUCAUUCAGGGCUCGUCCACCUCAUCCUCUGCAUCCUCCACCUCAUCUCACCCGGGAGGGAGACCCGCCGCCGCUCCCAGUGCCGCCGCCACCACGCUCACAGGCCCCGCGGCCCACGCCCACAUAGAUGUGCACUCCGCCCCUCCGGAUGUCACCACGGGCCUUGGGGAGCUUUCGCACCGCGAACAUCCGCAGCUGGCUUCUGUGCGAGGUGUCGCUCGGGGCUACAGCGGGAGUGUCCUGGAAACGGCUGGUGGUGUCCCUGUGAACAGCAGAGUGUCCUCCAAAAUCCAGCAACUUCUCAACACCCUGAAGAGGCCGAAGCGCCCUCCGCUGAAGGAGUUCUUUGUGGAUGAUUUUGAGGAGCUGUUGGAAGUGCAGCAACCAGAUCCAAAUCAGCCAAAGCCUGAGGGAAGCCAGAUGGUGGUACUGAAAGGGGAACCUCUGGCUGUGGGGGUCCCCUGGCCCCCAUCCCUGCUGGCUGCCCUGCAGCGGUGGGGUACGACGCAGCCCAAAGCCCCCUGUCUGACUGCCUUGGACACGGCUGGGAAGGCCUUCUACACCCUCACCUAUGGCAAACUUUGGAGUCGGAGUUUAAAACUAGCUUAUACUCUACUUAAUAAACUGACUAGUAAGAAUGAACCACUACUUAAACCUGGAGACAGAGUGGCCCUGGUGUUUCCGAACAGUGACCCUGUGAUGUUCAUGGUGGCAUUUUAUGGGUGUCUCCUGGCAGACCUGGUUCCUGUCCCCAUAGAAGUGCCAUUAACAAGAAAGGAUGCUGGCAGCCAGCAGGUCGGGUUUCUGCUGGGCAGCUGCGGCGUCGCCCUGGCCCUAACCACGGACGCUUGUCAGAAAGGCCUGCCCAAGGCACAGACAGGAGAGGUGGCGACUUUCAAAGGAUGGCCCCCGCUCUCCUGGCUGGUGAUCGACGGCAAGCAUCUGACCAAGCCCCCCAAAGACUGGCACCCGCAGGCCCAAGAUGCAGGGUCUGGGACUGCCUACAUCGAGUAUAAAACCAGCAAAGAAGGCAGCACAGUGGGGGUCACGGUGUCGCACGCAUCCCUGCUGGCCCAGUGCCGGGCUCUGACUCAGGCUUGCGGCUACUCAGAAGCUGAGACAUUAACAAAUGUGCUGGAUUUCAAAAGGGAUGCUGGUCUGUGGCAUGGAGUGUUAACAAGUGUCAUGAACAGGAUGCACGUCAUCAGCAUCCCGUACGCGCUGAUGAAGGUGAACCCUCUGUCCUGGAUUCAGAAAGUGUGUUCCUAUAAAGCCCGGGCCGCGCUGGUCAAGUCCCGCGACAUGCACUGGUCUCUCCUAGCUCAGCGAGGUCAGAGGGACGUCAGCCUCAGCUCACUGCGCAUGCUGAUCGUGGCCGACGGCGCUAACCCCUGGUCCAUAUCCUCCUGUGAUGCAUUCCUCAAUGUCUUCCAAUCCAGAGGGCUGAGGCCUGAGGUCAUCUGUCCUUGUGCCACUUCUCCUGAGGCGUUAACAGUUGCCAUCCGCAGGCCGCCAGACCUGGGAGGACCUCCACCAAAAAAAGCUGUCCUGUCGAUGAACGGUCUCAGUUUUGGUGUGAUCAGAGUUGAUACUGAAGAAAAGUUGUCUGUUCUUACCGUUCAGGACGUUGGUCAGGUGCUGCCGGGAGCUGACGUAUGUGUUGUGAAGAUAGAAGGUACCCCUUAUCUCUGUAAAACCGAUGAAGUUGGAGAAAUAUGUGUCAACUCCAGUACCACCGGCACAGCGUACUAUGGGCUACUUGGAAUCACUAAGAGUGUCUUUGAGACCAUCCCGGUCACGGCAGGAGGCGUGCCCGUGUCUGACAGGCCUUUCACCAGGACGGGGCUGCUGGGCUUCAUCGGGCCUGAUAACCUGGUCUUUGUCGUGGGCAAGCUGGAGGGGCUGAUGGUGGUUGGAGUUCGUAGACACAAUGCGGAUGACAUCGUGGCCACUGCACUGGCCGUGGAGCCCAUGAAGUUUGUCUACAGAGGCAGGAUUGCUGUGUUCUCCGUGACGGUGCUGCACGAUGACCGGAUCGUCCUUGUGGCUGAGCAGCGGCCAGAUGCCUCCGAGGAGGACAGCUUCCAGUGGAUGAGCCGCGUGCUGCAGGCCAUCGACAGCAUCCACCAGGUGGGCGUGUACUGUCUGGCCCUGGUUCCUGCCAACACCUUGCCCAAGGCUCCUCUCGGAGGGAUUCACAUUUCUGAAACCAAGCAGCGUUUCCUGGAGGGGAUGCUGCACCCAUGUAAUGUACUAAUGUGCCCUCACACCUGUGUCACCAACCUUCCCAAACCUCGCCAGAAACAACCAGAGGUGGGGCCGGCCUCCAUGAUCGUGGGGAACCUGGUUGCCGGGAAGAGGAUCGCACAGGCCUCGGGAAGGGAGCUGGCUCACCUGGAGGACAGUGACCAGGCCAGAAAGUUCCUGUUCCUGCCCGACGUGCUGCAGUGGCGGGCACACACCACUCCCGACCACCCGCUCUUCCUGCUGCUCAACGCCAAGGGCAGCGUCACCAGCACUGCAACCUGCGUUCAGCUGCACAAGAGGGCAGAGAGGGUGGCCGCCGCCCUGAUGGAGAAGGCAAGACUGAACACUGGGGACCACGUGGCUUUGGUCUACCCCCCAGGGGUGGACCUCAUUGCUGCCUUCUACGGCUGUCUGUACUGCGGCUGCGUGCCCGUCACGGUGCGGCCCCCGCACCCCCAGAACCUCGCCACCACGCUGCCCACUGUCAAGAUGAUCGUGGAGGUCAGCAAGUCCGCCUGCGUCCUCACCACACAGGCCAUCAUGCGGCUGCUCAGAUCUAGAGAUGCAGCCACCGCCGUGGACGUCAGGACCUGGCCGACCAUUCUGGAUACAGAUGACAUACCAAAAAAGAAGGUGGCGAACAUUUUCAGGCCCCCGUCUCCAGAUGUGCUCGCAUACUUGGACUUCAGCGUGUCAACUACGGGGAUAUUAGCAGGCGUGAAGAUGUCACACGCAGCCACAAGUGCCUUGUGCCGCUCCAUAAAGCUGCAGUGUGAGCUCUACCCCUCGAGGCAGAUCGCCAUAUGCCUUGAUCCCUACUGUGGCCUCGGCUUCGCCCUGUGGUGUCUGUGCAGCGUCUACUCAGGACACCAGUCCGUCCUGGUGCCCCCACUGGAGCUGGAGAGCAACGUAUCCCUGUGGCUGUCUGCCGUCAGCCAGUACAAGGCCCGGGUCACCUUCUGCUCCUACUCGGUGAUGGAAAUGUGCACCAAGGGCUUGGGAGCGCAGACGGGCGUCCUCAGGAUGAAGGGGGUGAACCUGUCCUGCGUGCGCACCUGCAUGGUGGUCGCAGAGGAGAGGCCCAGGAUCGCGCUCACGCAGUCCUUCUCCAAGCUGUUCAAGGACCUGGGGCUGCCAGCACGUGCGGUGAGCACCACAUUCGGUUGCAGGGUCAACGUGGCCAUCUGCCUCCAGGGCACGGCCGGCCCGGACCCCACCACCGUCUACGUAGACAUGAGGGCGCUGCGCCACGACCGGGUACGGUUGGUAGAACGGGGUUCUCCGCACAGUCUGCCAUUGACGGAGUCUGGAAAGAUCCUCCCUGGGGUGAAGGUCAUUAUUGCGCACACUGAAACCAAAGGGCCCCUUGGAGACUCACACCUGGGAGAGAUCUGGGUGAGCAGCCCGCACAAUGCUACAGGCUACUACACGGUGUACGGGGAGGAGGCACUGCACGCCGAUCACUUCAGUGCCCGGCUGAGUUUUGGAGACACCCAGACCAUUUGGGCGAGGACUGGCUACCUCGGUUUCCUUCGAAGAACAGAGCUCACGGAUGCCAGUGGAGAGCGACAUGACGCGCUGUAUGUGGUCGGGUCUCUGGAUGAGACGCUGGAGCUGAGAGGCAUGCGCUACCACCCCAUUGACAUCGAGACGUCCGUGGUCCGAGCCCACAGGAGCAUCGCUGAGUGCGCCGUGUUCACCUGGACCAACCUGCUGGUCGUGGUGGUGGAGCUGGAUGGGCUGGAGCAGGACGCACUGGACCUGGUGGCUCUGGUCACAAACGUGGUGCUGGAGGAGCAUCACCUGGUUGUGGGCGUGGUGGUCAUCGUGGACCCUGGUGUGAUUCCCAUCAACUCGCGGGGCGAGAAGCAGCGCAUGCACCUUCGAGACGGCUUCCUGGCCGACCAGCUGGACCCGAUCUACGUGGCCUACAACAUGUGAGCGCAGCUCCUCAGCCCUGUGCCUCCCGCGGCGGGAACCGGCAGAGGCAUCGGGCCACCAGCGGCCACCAGGAGAAGGGCUCCAGUCCUCCCGAGCGUCGCGCCCCAUCUUCCUCUGCUUGUUCAGAUCCGUCUCCAGGCUCCCCAAAUCUCACUUGGGAAACCGCUUCCUGGACCAUCUGAAGAAGUGUCUUGCUCUUGGAGGACAUUUAGGAGAGCAGGAAUGUCAGUACUUGAACAGAGGGCUGCGUGAGGGGAGAGGCAGGCCCGGCUCGGGGAGGGGAGGCAUUGCAAGUGCGCUACUGUGUUGCAAGUUUGCACUUUUUUUAGGCUGAAAAUAUAGUUCUUGAAUUUAAAAAUUCAGUUAUUUAUUCCCACUUCCUAUAUAGAAUUCAUGCUAGGAAGAACUUGAGGCCCCUAGUCCGUGUGCUUCACUUCUGUUUCACAGGGAGGAGCUGAGCGAGGGCAGCAGGUCCUGGCUGCAGCCCCCCCACCCCUCCCCCACCCCUGCGCUCACAGGGCGCUUCCUGUGCUGGUUGGAUGUGGAAAUGUGUGAGAACGCGUGUGCCCGAUCGUCCGCGUUUGUUGUCACUGAUCCUCGGGAAGUGCCACUUGGGGCUGUCAGGUUAGAUGCUUGCUUUUGGGCAGAUAAACCAGCAUUUAGUCUUAAACCACUUCCUAGGUUUGUCACUUCAUGCUGUUUAGUUAACUUCCUCGUUUUCCUAACACCACCGGAUAAGUCCUUCUCAAUCCGUGGAAUUGUGUUGAAUUGUUAUUUUUAUUCCUAUGAACAGACUUGGGGGCAUUGGCGGCAGUGCCUGGGGCGUUCAGAUCCUCGGUGCUGCUUGCUGAGCACCCUGCACGGGCUCCAGGGGCCGUGGACAGAGCCUUGUCCCCCGACCCUGGACUUCACAGUUUGAGUUGUGUGCCUAUAAAACUUGGCCAAACUGCAUUCAGUUAUUUUAUUCAAACCUGAUGAAACUGACUGAUCUAACAUUAUAGUAAAGCUAAAUCAAAGAAGAGAAUGUAAAAUCCUUUAGAUACUUAAAAGAAUUUGAAGCAAAGCUCAAAUCUAAGAUUAUUUUUAUAUAGCUCUUAAAGAGUAUGUUAUGAAGUUGUGGGGUUUUGGGGGGAUUGAGUGUGGGAAAGUUUAUGAAUUAUGCAUGCUUCCUAGGAACAACCAGGUGUUUCCGGAAUUAGCCUGGAGCAGUGCCUAACAAAGCUAUUAUUAAUUCUCUACCAUUUUAAAUUCACCACCAAAUGAGCCUGGCCAGCUGGGCCAACUCUCACAUCUCUUAUUUGGCUACAGGUAGCACGUGCGUAUUAGUUCUGUUUGCCUAUGGUGUUGAGCUGCCGUGUAAUAUGUUACAACAUACUGGAAUCCUAAUAAGCCUAUUGUAAUUAUGUACAUAAUCUGUAUAACUUAUUGUUUGACAUACAGAGGUUCUAGCAGUGGACUAACGGACAUUCCUUGUAAUAGAGUGACCGGUGGGGAAAAACUACCUAACCCUAAUCUCAAUGUUGUAGUUUUAUAGCAAACAAAUAUUGUAAAAUUUUUGUAUUGAGAGGUCAGUGGCAGUAAGACAAAGUGUCUUGUAAAUUAAGAUUUUAGGAAGCGCAUUAAAAUGUUUUAAAAUUACUCUCUGGGAAUUCUGUAUAUCACAGUAUAAUUUUUUUAUAUCAUUAUGUUAAUAAAAGGUAUUGACUAUUUGUAAUUCUGCA